ACAGAGAACAUUCCGAGUCGGCAAGUAUAAGGAGUUUAAUUUUGUUCAAUAGGUUAAAUUAAAUCCUUUCCAUUGUGGUCUGUCAUACGAAUUGACGAGAUAUUAGUGCAUAUGCGAAUUGCAAAUGAAUAUGUUUACAGACGAGGAAUUUAAUACGAGAUUAGAAGAGCUAAACUCACCGCGAUUGGAAGGCUGGGAGUUUUUUGUUGAAACAUCACUAAAAAGUGUGCAUUGCAAAAUAUAUCGACAAUAUGAUCAGGUAUCUGGGUUAUAUUCUUACAAGAUGUAUGGCACAUUACAAUGUCCACCAGAAAUAAGCUAUAAAGUUUAUUUAGAUUUGGAAUACAGAAGACAAUGGGAUAGUUAUGUGAAAGAACUGUAUGAGUUUACUGAGGAAGAAAAUGGUUCUACUGUGAGAGGAAUUUACUGGAACGUCAAUUUUCCUUUUCCGUUAAGUAAUCGUGAUUAUACGUUUAUUAGAGACUCGAGGAGGCUGAAUUUAUCCGGUGUUGAUACCUAUGUGCUUGGCAAAAGUCACUUGUUCAAUUCAUACAAUCCACGCAAUGGAGUUAUUCGUGUUUCUGAUUUUGAGCAAAGUCUAGUACUUCAAGCUGAUGAAAAGAAUAAUACAAAAGCCUUUAUGUAUUAUUUUGACAAUCCUGGUGGAAUGAUUCCAACGUGGUUGAUCAAUUGGGCUGCGAAGACAGGUGUACCAAAAUUUGCAGCGGAUUUAACAAAAGCUUGCUUACGCUACGAAGAUUUCAUGAAAAGAAAAGAAAGUUAAAACUAUUGCCCCUUGAUUGUAAAAGUAACGAUGAACUCAGGAUCGUUUUAAACAUCAAUUUUUCAUCUGCGGGGUGCAUUAAAGAUUACUGAAAGCUGAACAGUCUAGAUCCCUCAUUGUAUUUUGUUUGAAAGACGUUUCCCUCAUUAAAAGUUGGAAGUUUGGAACUGUCGUUAGCCUAAAGUGUUCUCGUGCACAUGGUUUUUGUCCAUAACCAUUGAUACGGUUGGUCUGGCUUUAAUCCGACCACUUUUUGGAGCACUAAGUGGGUUUUUUAUUGGUGUAAGGGUUGGUGUCAGUUGAAGUGUUAUGUUUUGUGGUUAGUGUAUAAGUUAAUAUCUAAAAUCAGUUUAACCAAAUAAUAAUGCUGUAAUUCUGUAAACAUCUUAUUCGCUUCGCCAAAACGUAAAGUAUGCCGAAACAUGUCGGCUUUUAAAAUGUUGCCGCUUCUUUAAGAUGUUGUCAAAUGUUUUUAAACACUCUUAAUUACACGAGAAAUGUUCAAUCCUUAA